CAGCGCAUGCGCACUGCUGUCGCGUAGAAGCUUCGGAAGCUUGUGAGCUAAAGGGUCACAAGCAGCGACGGGAGUGAGCGACAGUUUAAUAAAGAAAAGAGAUCUAUAUUCAGAGCUGUGCCUCAAGUAGCAAUGUUGAACCCCACCAACGGUGACCCCGGGCACGUAGUUGUGAAUUAUGUGGAGGAGUAUCUGGAUCUGGUGGAGUCUCUGCCUUUCGACUUACAGAGGAGUGUAUCCCUCAUGAGGGAGAUUGAUGCCAGAUAUCAAGAUGUUCUCAAAGAGCUUGAUGACGUGUAUGAACGAUAUCGCCGGGAGUCUGACGUACUUCAGAGGCGCAAGCUUCAGUUAUCCAUUCAGAGGGCACUGAUCCAUAGUCAGGAGCUGGGAGAUGAGAAAAUCCAGAUCGCUGGUCAAAUGGUGGAGUUGGUCGAGAACCACACACGACAAAUAGACUGGCAUUCAGAACUACUCCUCUCCUCUCAAGAAGCCCCAGAAAGUCAUGUUACCACGACGACGUCUCUGACAACCGCUGCAGUGUCCUUGAUGUCCUCUUCAUCAGCUGCCGUCACCCCGGGGAAGUCGGGCCACCACGACAAGAAACGAGACGAGGUCACUCCGGGUUCAGCCGGAACAGACAAAGCCGGAGGGAAGCGUUCAAGACGACAGAAAAACGGGGAAAAUCGCGAAUGCUAUGGAGGUCUGGAUCAUGCGGAGGAAGUAGGAGCAUCUCGGGAAAAGAGAGCCAAAACGUCUUCUAAGAAGAAGAAACGGUCUAAAGGAAAGUCAGAGAGGGAAGUGUCUCCUCCCGAGCUGCCCAUCGAUCCAGACGAGCCCACAUACUGCCUGUGUGAGCAGGUGUCUUACGGCGAGAUGAUCGGCUGCGAUAACGACGAAUGCCCCAUCGAGUGGUUCCACUUCUCCUGUGUCGGGCUCAAUCAUAAGCCCAAAGGCAAGUGGUACUGCCCCAAGUGUCGAGGCGAGAAUGAAAAGACCAUAGACAAGGCCCUGGAGAGGGCCAAGAAGGAGAGGGCCUACAACAGGUAGCUCGGCCUGGCUCAGUGGACGAGUUAAAAAUAAAAAUGCAACUUUGUAUUUCAUUUAAAAUAUUGCUACGGU